GCUUAUAAUGUAAACAGGCGGCGUGACGCGGAGGUUAGCAUAUGCAGCUAAGAUAGCUAUGCUGACGAGUGGAAAUCGGAUUCUUGUUCACCAUCGCGUCAGUUUCGGGUCGCCUGAGAGCCUACCAUGUCGCGCUCUGGGAGUGAUUGACAGCGACCCGUGAAGACGCCAUGUGCUGAGUCAGCCUUUGGACCGAGGCUCCAUCUGCAUCAUCGCCACAACAGCAACAUGUCCGCCUCAAAUCAGGCAUCAGGCGAGGACACGUCAUGUGCUCCGACAGACACUGCCAAGGACAGUCUGGUAACCACGGCGACAGUGAGGUCAGAGGCCACGGAGCAGCUGACAAGCGACCAGAAUGAUAGACCUCCGGCUGAUCAGGAGGAUGGAGCGGAGCCAACGCUGUCAGAAAACGGACCAACCCGUGAUGACGCUGAAGAAGACCUGCCAGGGGUCGUGGUCACUGGUACGGGGCCGGAGGCCGUGGAGGGUUCGUCCGUGGCGACGGCUGACAGCUCAGACGAGCUACGGGAGUCCAGCGACUCUGCAUCCUUCUCCCUUCCCAGUCUGGAUCUCUCUGAGGGGAUGCCGACGGCGGCCGCAGGUAGCUUGCAGGAGCCGGAUGACGUUUUGCCACCGUCUUACUCCGCGUUGGGGGUGGAGGGAUGCUCGCCGGCCAAUGAGGCGGCGAGUCUGAAGGACGACGAGGUGGCAGGAGGCGCUGCUCCCGCCAAAGCUGCGACAGGCACAUCGGCGGCUUAUUACCUGGUCAAGUGGAUCACCUGGAAAAAGAAAAAGACGCCCAUCAUCACUCAAAGUGACAACGGACCCUGCCCCCUGCUGGCCAUCAUGAACAUACUCUUCCUUCGCUGGAAGGCAAAGCUCCCCGCUCAGACUGAAGUUGUGACCACAGAGGACCUGAUGGCUCACCUGGGUGAGUGUGUGCUGUCAGUCACACCCAGGCAAAAGACGGACGGGAUGGAGCUCAAUUUUCAACAGAACAUGAGCGACGCCAUGGCGGUGCUGCCCAAACUGUCGACGGGGCUCGACGUGAACGUUCGCUUCUCAGCAGUCACCGACUUUGAGUACACGCCCGAGUGCAUCGUCUUUGACCUGCUGGACAUCCCGCUCUACCACGGAUGGCUGGUCGACCCCCAGAGUCCCGAGAUGGUGGCCGCUGUCGGCAAGUUGAGUUACAACCAACUGGUGGAGAAGAUCAUCGACUACAAACACUCCGCUGACAGCACACAAGUCGCCGAAGGUCUGGUGGCCGAGCACUUCCUGGAGACGACGGCCACUCAGCUGUCCUAUCACGGCCUUUGCGAGCUCAACGCCGCCGCCAAAGAGGGGGAAAUGUGCGUCUUCUUCAGGAACAACCACUUCAGUACCAUGAUCAAACACAAGGGCCACUUGUACUUGCUGGUGACGGACCAGGGCUUCCUCCGCGAGGAAGGCCUAGUAUGGGAGUCUCUGCACAACGUGGAAGGAGAUGGGAACUUUUGCGACUCUGACUUCCGCCUGUGUCAUCCUCCUCCGAGGGAUCUGGCCGCGGUGGCGCCCCCCGGUGGCCCCCCGCCGCCCUGCGACCAACAGCAACAGCGCCAGAUCGACCAGGAUUAUCUGGUGGCCGUGUCGCUGCAGCAGGAGAGCGGCGGGGCAGCCUCGGGACCCAUCAGCGAUCUAGAGCUGGCCCGGCAGUUACAACAGGAAGAGUACCAACAGCAACAGCAACAGCAACAACAACAAGGCCCACCACAGGCGGCCUUGCAGCUCAGAGGUCAGGGGCCACAGGCAGGAGGGGCCAGAAGAAGAGAAAAAGACUCAGACUGCGUCCUGCUUUAACUCGUUCCCCGAUGUAGCACACGCACGCGCACAAAAUGCCAAACCUCAGUGCUUUGUGACUGUUUUGCUUUUGUCGAAAGUUUGUCAAAUUUCACCUGUCAAAACAAACUCCCACUAGCUUGUGGGCUAAAAAAAAAAAACGCGUUGCUUUGCUUAACAAAGUGCACUCGCUUUCCUCUGUUGAAUGCUCAACUUUAAUUUGGAGUCGUCCAGAUUUACGAUCAAUGCGAGUUUAUUAUUUCCAUAGUCAAGAAACAAUUACCAUUUGUUUUCACUUGAUUUGCUGACUUCUAGCCAUAUGUAAAUCAUAUUGGGAUACGUUCGUUCAAAUAAUAAAACAUACAUUAAGACA